GUAUGUAGUCGGAAUCAAGUUUUAUGAAUUGUUAGACAGCAGUUGUUUUUGUCAUGACAAACCCACAAAGUGAAAUAAUCAAUUAGUGAUGGAGAGUGGAUUAGAUGAUCGAUAAUGGCUGAGAAGGAGGGCAAGAUCGAGUUUGUGACGGAGGAGUGUCCCAUAAAGCCUCGAAAAUUUCUACCUCAGAAUAUUGUGAUAAGACUUCGUCGACGUGAAACAAUCGGCUGCCUCUACCCGGGGACUCACGUCAACAAUGCUCGACAGUUCUACCAAAAUGUCUUUCCUAAUUACACAGUUGUCAACGUAGAGAAGCCUCCCUGCUUCCUGAGGAAGUUCAGUCCUGAUGGCAGAUACCUGGUGGCCUUCAGUGCUGAUCAGACUUCCAUAGAGGUUUACAAGUAUAAGGGGGCCUCUGCAGCUGCCCAACUCCUGGUCGGCUGUGAUGGCGAGUACGUGGGAGACAAGAAUGAUUCCACGUCUUUUCAUAUUCGAAACAGUAUUUUUUAUCGAUUUUUCAAGCCACAAUGUGUGGUAAAUGUCGUGGAUAGUAACGAACAAUUGAACAGAGAAUGCAGUUUAUUUACUGACGAUGGACGUUAUGUAAUUGUGGGAUCAGCUAAACAUAUUCCUGAAGAUUUGAGACCUCAUUUUUAUCAGAUUUAUUCCAACAAUGAAGCCCUCACCCCCAACCCCAGAUCACCUCUCGAGGAUUACUCUCUCCACUUGGUGGACCUGAAGGGUGGAAAACUCUGUGCCACCAAACGUUUUUAUACUGACAAAAUUUAUCUGUCCCACAAUCAAGGGCUCUAUUUGUACAAAGAUAUCUUAGCAGUUCUUUCCGUUCAGCAUCAGACGAUACACAUUUUUCAAAUAUUGGAUGGAAUGUUCAUCAAUGUUCGAACAAUUGGAAGAUUCUGUUUGGAAGAUGAAUCCUACUUGGUGGCAUCAGCCUGGCCAGGUGGAAACUCUAGACCCUUUCGAGACGGAACAAUUAAUUCUCUCAAACAUAAAUUACUAGUGUACCUGUACAAAAGGGCGACUUGGAUCAGUGCUAAUGCGAGAGAUCCUUAUGAGCUUCGAAGGUUCUACCAGUACUUUGAUCAGUACAAUGCUUUAAGAAUGUGGAAAAUGCAGUUACUUGACACUAAUCAUAUCCUGGUAAGGUAUGCAAGUGAAGAAGUGGCGACACUUCAAGCUAACGAUCCUAAUGCACAUCCUGCCCUUCUCGUGGUCUACGACAUGGUAUCAGCGAAGGUUCUGGCUGCCUACGAUAACGCCUCUUCCCACAUGCUCACACAGUUGGAGAAUUUCAGCGAUUUUUUUAGAAAUGCUGACUGCCAGUACAUUUGCUCGCCUUCCAACAAUAUUUAUGCCAGACUAAUGCAGCAGAGGUUCAAGCAGACCAUUGUGAGCGCCAGAUACGGUGGGGUGACAGAAGCCACUAAGAGAUUACUCUCGCAGUUACCAAUUUGUGCACAAUCAUAUUCUAGCUCACCUUAUCUCGAUCUCUCGCUCUUUUGCUACGACGACAAAUGGGUCUCGAUGAUGGAGAGACCAAAGGCCUGCGCUGAACAUCCAAUAAGAUUUUAUGCCAGAGAUUCGGGUCUUCUGAAGUUUCGCAUGUACGCUGGGAUGCUUGGGAGAACGACUCCUGUUAUUGCCAGACGUCUCGUUGCAUUUACUUUUCAUCCGACUGAUCCAUUUGCCAUUUCUGUCCAGCGUACAAACGCUGAAUACAUUGUUAGUUUUCAUGUUCGCCAUAUUUGAGUUAUUUUCAGUAUUUUAAUAAAGGAAUUAUAUAUAAAAAAAA